CUCUCAUCUUUACUCUUUCUCUUUCUCUACUCACUCUCUUUCAACUCGCAGCUCGACUCUUGUGCCAAGCCUCCCCUUCCCACCGGCUCCUCACCCUCCCCCCUCCCCCCCCCCCCCCCCCCCCCCCCUCUCCUCGGCUCAUCCCUCUGCCGACCCCACCUGACCAGCCUUACCGGCGCCAAGACUCGGUGACGAACGCUUCUCCACUCUCAACAUCCUCUCUAUUCUGUUUGCCACCGUCGCCCCGAUCGUCAUGCGGACGGCCAUCUCCCUCCUGGCCGCCGCAGCAAGCGCUGCUGCCUAUACCUUCAACACCACUACACCAACACAGUGCGAAGACUGGACGAUCACAUGACGGUUACAAUCACCUAUGGCCGAAUUCAAAACAUCACCCUGCCUGCUUCUGGGAGCCCCCCCUACUCGCACACCUUCAAGCUUGAGCAGCCAACAGGCCUCGAGUUUGCUGUAGUCCUCUCGGAUGCGACGGGCUGGGGGGCAGGUGGCGUGAGCGACAUUCAGCGCGUCCAAAUCUCUCAAGACACCAGUUGCCUCAGCACCCUGGCUCUUGCCGACUUCUACUUUUGGACCGAGCCUGUCGACCUCCCCCGCCAAUGUAGCUCGAUGCGUGUGGCGUGGAACACCGAGAACAUCACUUAUCCGUUGGGACUGCACGGCUUUGUGCCAGGGGGCAGUACAUGGGACAUUGCUGUGCCGCAGAACCCUAACCAGGUCUCGACCAACUGGACUGUGAAUAUUGAUUCGGGCACACGGUUCAUCCUAUUGAUGACCGACGCUGGGCGGUAUGGAACUGGCGGCAGCUCACCACCCAUCACUGUCCAGUUCAGUGGCAAUGACACAUGCAUGGGACCCGACAGCCCGCGCUCGACCAUUAAUCCGUCACCCACCGCUUCCUCCUCGCCAUCGUCCUCGCCUUCGCAAAGCGGCGCCGGUAGCGGUGGUGGUGGUGGCACGAAUGUCGGCGCUAUUGCGGGUGGAGUUGUCGGUGGCAUUGUUGCCCUCGCGAUCAUUGCUGCGGCAAUCUGGCUGUUCUGCCGCCGACGCAAGCGUAGCAGGUCCGACAAUGGAGCAAUGGUAAGCUCUUCGCGAAGACGGUCGGAGGAGACGCGGAAUCGCUUGCUCGGUCGCCUAACACAACAGCGCACAAGCGGGCACGAACGUAGUGGCCGCCGCCCGCACUCGGGCUUUGAGAUUGAUGUCUUCGAAGGGCGCCACCCGGAUGAGGCUAGAUCCGAGGUCGACCACGGCGAGAACGACCCGCACAUGACGCCGUACACUUACGACACCCCACCCACACGCGACAGCAUGCUCUCGACGGAGAGCGGCGGGUCGCGCCCCGCCCCUCCGCUCGGACCAGGCACGGCGGCUGGCCGGCCCGGCCAGUUCGGCGAGAAGGAGAUGCUGGCUCUCAGCCGUGCGGGGAGCACGGCGCCAGGUUCCACAACUAUGAGCGAGACUAGCCGAGGCGGUCGCCGCUUCGAGGACCUCCAGACUGUCUCAGAGCUCGCGAUUGACAGCGCCAACUCGGGCCGCCCAGUCGAUCGCGAGGCCCUCCUGGCCUUCCUCGACCCCCCUCCCACUUAUAAUCAGUUUGACUUGCACGCCUCCAACCCCGACGAGCCGGGCGACCGGACUUCGCGCGCCUCGGGCUCCACAGACCCCCGACCUCUCUCCACAAUCGAGCCUGGGCCAUCCCGUCCGCGCCGCUCCGAGGAGCCUGAACGCCCCAUUCGCCCCAGUGGACAGUAGACAAUGACUGAGACCAGUAGACCGGAUAAUUAGUGUAUACUACAUGCAUGGCCAACGCGACGAAAACGAUUGACGAACGAAAACAAGAGGGGUGCUCGUGUGGACGCGUUUCAACCUUGCUGCCGGCUAAGGUUGGCGGGGAUUCAGCACGAAUGGCGACACAAGCUGCUGUGAGCAGUGGUGUGGCCCAGCUCCAGAGCCUGAGAGGUGUCCAAUCGGCCGAGACGAUGACCGAGACGAUUGCAACAGGAUGUUACAGUAGUAGGAUACGAG